CUCUGAUUUGUGGAUUCUGCAGUGUUUACUGUAUACCCAACCAGGAACGAACAAGAAUGGGAGCAUCUUACGGAAAGAAGAAGGCCUACAACGUCAACCAUGAGUCACCACCAAGUCAGCAGUCUGUGAGAAAUGGAAAGCGCCAGAAUGGCUCAGCAUCGGUCUAUUCCCACCUGCAGAGGGAGCACCAGCACAGGCCAGAGGGACAAAGCAGGAAUCAGAGGAACCCACCUCCCGCCUCCGGUUAUGUCCCCCAUCCAGACUACAUGGAAGAAUCAGACGAGGAUCUCAUCAAGCCCAAAAAGCUGGUUAAUCCAGUCAAAGCCUCCAAAAGCCACCAGGACCUACACAGAGAGCUGCUUAUGAGGGGAGGUGGAGGUGUUGAAACCAAGCCAGAGCUGCAGCGAGUGCUGGAGGCCAGAAAGAGAGAGAAGAUGAUAAAGCAGAAGAAAGAGGAGCAGGAAGCCAGAAAGAAGGUCUCUCCUCUGGAACAGGAGCUUCUGAAGAGGCACAAGAAACUGGAAGAGCUGGAGAAGAACCAGGAAAAAGACCAAGAGGGGACUCUGAAAGCUCCGGAGUUUGUCAAAGUCAAAGAGAACUUGAAACGGACAUCUUUUCAGGGUAAAGGGGAGAAAGACAUGUGAUGGACCGCCGCUGGUCUGAAGGAAACAAGAAAUUCAACAUUUUCCAGAGGCUGCGAGAUUGAGUAUGAAUGGACACAAUACACAUGAGAUUUCAUAGACAGCUGAAGACGGUGGCAAGACACGAAGACAGUGACGCUAAAGACGCUGGUUGGGGGUAAGCGGUCGAAUCUUGAAGAUGGAAAUAUCAGGAGCACAACUUUUCAAAUUGGAUUACGUAGUCCGUCAUCUACAAAGUCAUCGAAAUAAUGAAGGUAGCUGAGUAUCGAGGUGGCAGCUACUUGCGAAUUCUGAUAUACGAAGGACACUUGGGACAGCGAAACGCGUUUGUUUUGAUCAUUUGGCGCCACAAAUGAUGUCUGCUCGGCGAAAACUAAUCACUGGUCGUCGUGUCCUGUAAGAAUACAUGAGUGCCUAUGUCUCUGUAUACGUCUGUGUGAGAGUAAUUUCGUAUUAUUCGUGACAUGUUGAAGGAGGUUUGGCAGCAUCUCCGGCCUACAUGGCAGGAGGUGCAGAGCAUUGCGUUAAAUAGGUGUUUGCAGUCGUUGACAGCCUGUGAACAAGGCUCGGCGUUUUUUGGUUUUUACCGAUUUUCACCGAAAAAUACCCAGAUG